UUUCAUCCUCCCGCGACUAUAAUUAGAGUUAACAAUUUAUUACCUUUGGUACCUGCAGAUUCAUUCUCGCUCGGGGUCGUUUUGAGCUAUGCCAGGCAAACUUGUCCAGGGCAGAACAAUUGGGAUGCCGCGUUCGGAUAAAUAUUAGCCGAUUCAAUUCAGUGGCGCAGCUCAACUGAAGUCCUAGCAACCACCAUGAUGUGACUGAAUAACAUUCUGCAGAUAAUCUGUCGUUAAGAGUGAACCUCAGCAAUCAUGUCGCAAGCAUCUACAUUUCAACAAGAGCUUUUUUUCAAGUCAUAUAAUGACGCCUCUCCGACGACGAUCGUCUUACUCCAUGGGCUCUUCAGCUGCAACCUCGAAUGGGAGCACGUUAUUCCCCACCUCAGCGACUACCAUCUCAUCGUCCCAGAUCUCCCAAAACACUCUCAGUCAAGAGAAAUAGGGCCAUGGUCCAUUGAGCUCGCCGCAGAUUCUGUCGCGCAUCUUAUCCGAAAACAUGCUCACGGUGGACAAGCGCACGUUGUUGGCCUUUCACUGGGCGGCUUCACCACGAUGGAAUUAAUCCGCCGACAUCCAGACCUCGUUAAAUCGGCAUUUGUCACUGGCUCAACUCCAUUCCGGCCAUGGCAAGUCUGGGCAGCGGAACGACCUAGCCUCCUACAUUACGGUCUCAAACUCGUUCUUAAUAGUGGUUUCUACAGUCUCAGCGUCUGGAUGAAGGGUCUCAAAGAUCAUACCCAGCUCAGGAACGAGAUCGCUGCCAACAAUGAUUGGAACUUGGUCAAUGACGCUUACGCCGAGCUUGCCAAGUGGCAGCAUGAAGACGUCAAAGCAGUUGGUGAGAAGGACAAGCGGAUAUUGGCAGCCGCUGGAGAUCAAGGUGAUGAUUUUGAUGGUGCGAAGGAAAUGGCUCUGACGUUUCGCAAUGAAGGGCGCGAGGAUGGAAAGAAGAGUACUGCGGUUCUUAUCAAGGGGGCUAUUCAUGCGUGGAAUUUGCAAUUUCCAGAAUUGUUUGUCGAAGGCAUCAAAGCUUGGGUUGAAGAGAAGCCUCUUCCUCAAGAUUUUGUGAACUUGAUUGACGGGUGAAGUGAUGAAGGCGCUUAACUUGCUUGAGAUAGAAUACAGAUACUUAUUAUCUAUUAUGAAAUCACAACUCCCAGAUACCUGCACUCCUGCCG